UCUGUCUUGUGUUUUAGGUGUGAACUCUCUGUCUAAAGAGUCUCCUGGAUCCAACGCUGUGGGAAAAUGUUCCAUGCUCCAAGAGAAACAGAAUGACAGCCCGCCCAAAAGGCCCAAGUCUGCAGAGGGGAAGACCAGCGCUAGUGAGCAGCAGUUACAGCAGUGCCCCUACUGUAACUACAGGAGUAAAGACGCCAACAGGUUACAGCUCCACGUGGUAUCCCAGCAUUCCAUGCAGCAGCCGGUGAUCUGCUGCCCACUGUGCCAGGACGUCCUCAGCAACAAGAUCCACCUGCAGCUCCACCUCACACACCUGCACAGCGUGGCUCCGGACUGUGUCGACAAACUACUCAUGACUGUGGCUGGGCCUGAUGUGAUAGUGCCCAAUAACAUGAUGCAUCCUUCACCUGGACAAGACAACGCUUUGUCUCUGAUGGAAGCUCCUCUCUCUGAGACGUCUGGAAAGCCCACAGGGAACAGUUCCAAGGACCAGACGAACAGCACAGGCCAAGGCAAAAGUGAAGUAGACCUUCUACGAGAGGAACUCAAACCCCCCAAGGAGGGGUCUGAAGCUCCAGACUGGAAGAGGUCCGGUGGGGUUGGGCAGGAUCGAAAGAGCCCUGACUCCCUCCAGGAUCAUCUGAACAACCUCCAGAGACGCCAGCAGCAACAGCUCUCAGUCUCUGACCGCCACAUCUACAAAUACCGCUGCAACCACUGCAGCCUGGCCUUCAAAACCAUGCAGAAGCUGCAGAUACAUUCCCAGUACCAUGCAAUCCGGGCAGCAACCAUGUGCAGUCUCUGCCAACGCAGCUUCCGGACAUUCUUGGCGCUCCGGAAGCACCUGGAGAACGGACAUCCGGAGCUGAGCGAAGCCGAGGUCCAACAGCUCUGCGGCAGCCUGCCGGUAAACGGAGACUUCGUCCCCGAGAGCGAGGCCAGGGCCUACGAGGAGGCACAGCAGGCCUUUGAACAGGAAAUGGAUAAAGACGAUGAGCUGGACCUGGAAGAAAAGGCCAGCUCAACAGGAAGUGACAGUAGCUUGUUGCUAGAUGACAUGGGAGCUGAAACAAAGCGAACCCUCCCAUUUAGAAAAGGCCCCAACUUCACCAUGGAGAAGUUCCUGGACCCGUCCCGGCCAUACAAGUGCACAGUGUGCAAGGAGUCCUUCACCCAGAAGAACAUUCUUCUGGUCCAUUACAACUCUGUCUCUCACCUGCACAAGCUGAAGAAGGUUCUCCAGGAGGCCUCCAGCCCGGUUUCUCCUGAGACCAACAACAAUGCCGACAACAAACCAUUCAAAUGCAAUAUCUGCAACGUCGCCUACAGCCAAAGCUCAACCCUAGAAAUCCACAUGAGGUCUGUGCUGCAUCAUACCAAAGCCAGAACUGCCAAAACAGAGACAAGCAGCAGCAGUAGCAGUACAGGGAGUGGGAACACUAGUGGCGUGGCUCCAUCCUGCAUCCCAGCCCCAACCGGACAAGGCAACAAUGCCAACUCAGAAACUGCUAGAAGCGUGACGCCAUUGCUUAACAAAGAAAAUACUAUAGAUGCCAAAGAAUCCAACAACAGCAGCAACAACGCAAAGCACACUACUGAUCAUGUCUCUGCACAGCAAAGCCAUCAGAACGCUCAGUCCCAAGCUCAACUACAGAUGCAGCUCCAACACGAGCUCCAGCAGCAGGCUGCCUUUUUCCAGCCCCAAUUCCUCAACCCGGCUUUUUACCCCCAGUUCGGCAUGACCCCAGAGGCUCUGCUUCAGUUCCAGCAGCCACAGUUCCUUUUCCCCUUCUACAUCCCAGGGGCAGAAUUCAACCUGAGCCCAGAGCUGGCACUUCACUCAGCCGCCGCCUUCGGGAUGCCGGGCUUGACUGGUUCUUUCCUGGAAGACCUGAAGCAGCAGAUGCAGCAGCAACACCAGCUACAGCAGGCUCAGGCUCAACAACAACUACAACAGCAGCAACAGCAGCAACAAGCAUCCCAGUUGCAGCUCCAGCAGCAAAAAAAACAGCAACUGCAGAGCCACAAGCCCAAAAUGGAGCCCAAUGUGGUGUCAGUGUCUGACAUACAUAUGUCCAGAGAGGCAGAGGAGCGACUGGAAAAACAGGAGAUCAAAGCCAAGAUGGAGAAUGGAGGGGAUGGAGUCAGUGAGGGAGGAAAGGACAAAAAAGACAAAAAGUCCAAGUUUCCUGAGCCGCUGAUUCCUCCUCCACGUAUCGUGUCAGGAGCCAGAGGAAAUGCAACCAAGGCCCUUCUGGAGAACUUUGGAUUUGAGCUGGUCAUCCAGUACAACGAGAACAGGCAGAAAAACCAGAAGAAAAACAAAGAAGGAGAACAACAAAAACAACAAGCACAACAACAACAACUGGAGAUCAAUAACGACAAGCUGGAAUGUGGGAUGUGUGGAAAGCUCUUCUCCAACAUGCUUAUUCUCAAAAGCCACCAAGAGCACAUCCAUGGACAGUUCUUUCCUUUUGGGGAGCUGGAGAAGUUUUCCCAGCAGUACAGAGAGGCCUACGACAAGCUCUACCCCAUCAACCCCCCUUCCCCCGAGACUCCCCCGCCUCUGGCUCCCCUUCCUCCUCCCUCACCAGUCCCAGUGACCACCCAGCAGCCUCCCUGCACCUCCAUGAACAAGCCCCAGAUCAAGGCCCCAUCCCCUGCCCCAAACCAGGCUCCACAGACCCAGCAACCACCCCCACCUCCCCCUCCUCCACCACCCUCCGCAUCCCCACAGAUGCAGCCUUCCAUCCCACUAGAUUUCUCCCUCUUCCCCCCUCUGAUGAUGCAGUCCAUCCAGCACCAAGGGCUACACCCUCAACUCACCAUGCAGCUGCCUACAAUGGACUCCCUGUCCUCGGAUCUCACCCAGCUUUGUCAGCAGCAGCUAGGUCUCGAUCCAAACUUCCUGAGGCAGUCCCAGUUCAAGCGCCCUCGAACCCGCAUCACGGACGACCAGCUGAAGGUCCUCAGAGGGCACUUUGACAUCAACAACUCGCCCACUGAGGAGCAGGUUCAGGAGAUGGCUGAUAUGUCCAGCCUCCCUCAGAAAGUCAUCAAGCACUGGUUCCGUAACACCCUCUUCAAAGAGAGGCAGCGAAACAAAGACUCUCCUUACAACUUCAACAUUCCACCUAUUACCACGUUGGAGGAUAUUAGGCUGGAGUCCCAGUACAGUACACUGGAGUACUACAGGACUGAUGCUACCAUGAACAAAAGGUCCACCAGGACAAGGUUCACUGACUACCAACUGAGGGUCCUACAGGACUUCUUCGACACAAAUGCUUACCCGAAAGAUGAUGAGAUUGAGCAGCUGUCCACCGUGCUCAACCUGCCGUCAAGGGUCAUCGUGGUGUGGUUCCAAAACGCCCGCCAGAAGGCCCGGAAGAGCUAUGAGAACCAGGCAGAUGCUAAAGACAACGAGAGGAAAGAACUGACAAAUGAGCGCUACAUCCGCACCAGCAACAUGCAGUACCAGUGCAAGAAAUGUAGUGUGGUGUUCCCACGAAUCUUCGACCUGAUCACCCACCAGAAGAAAACGUGCUACAAGGACGAGGAUGAGGAAGGGAAUGAGGACAACCAGUCUGAGGAGUACAUGGAUAUAGGAGAACCAUGCGCAGCCAAGCACCCUGAGUCAUCCAAGCAUCACCAUGGAACAGCCACUAGCUCAGGCUCCAGUUCCCCUCUGAUGCCCUCCCCUCACUCCAACCUGGAAAAGACAUCCCCCAAGCCUGAACCGCCCUCUGAGCCCAAGCCUAAAGAUCCAGAACCUGCCCCUUCUCCAGUUAUGAUAAAGUCUCUACCGGACCCCAGACCCUCCAAGGCCUCCACCCCUCAGCCACCCCCUCAGCCACCUCCUCAGAAGACCCCCCAGCCCCAGAUGUCCAGACCCCACUCCCAGCCUCAGUCAGCCACCGUCCCCUCCAGCCCCCUCUCUCUGGCCCUCUCCUCCCUCACCAACAGCCUCUCUCCCCAGAUGCUCCAAUACCAGUGUGACCAGUGCAAGAUAGCCUUCCCAAGCAUUGAGCUAUGGCAGGAGCACCAACAUAUGCAUUUCCUGGCAGCCCAGAACCAGUUUCUCCAUUCCCAGUUCCUGGAAAGGCCCAUGGACAUGCCCUAUAUGAUCUUCGACCCCAACAACCCUCUGAUGACUAGCCAGCUUCUGUCUGGAGGACUCCAGAUGCCAACUCAAAGCGGCUCUGGUUUGUCCUCAGGUCCCUGCUCUGGCUCCAUGAAGAGAAAACUAGAUGAGAAAGAGGAUGGAUCCAAUGAAAAAGAUAACGGAAACAUGACUGAAGAACAGCACAGAGACAAACGUCUCAGAACCACCAUCACCCCAGAACAACUAGAGAUCCUCUACGACAAAUACUUGCUGGACUCCAACCCCACAAGGAAGAUGCUGGAUCACAUCGCCCGUGAGGUCGGCCUGAAGAAGAGAGUGGUGCAGGUGUGGUUUCAGAACACACGCGCCCGAGAGAGAAAGGGACAGUUCAGAGCAUUGGGGGCCUCCCAGUCACAUAAGAAAUGCCCUUUUUGCCGGGCGCUGUUCAAGGCCAAGUCAGCUUUGGACAGCCAUAUCUGCUCUAGACACUGGCAUGAAGCCAAACAGGCAGGGUUUAGUCUGCCAAAUAGCCCAAUGAUGAACCAAGACGAUGGAGGCGAGAGCCCACACAAGUACAACCUCUUUGAGUACUCGCAGCUGCCCACCAAGACUGAGCCGAAUGAGUACGAGAUGCCCGCAGCUUCCUCAACGCCAGUCAAACAAUCUGAGGCUCCGUUAAAAAACUUAAUGAGCCCUUCAUCCUUAAAAGCAGAAAACUGUGAUGAAUCUGAAGGGCUUAACAUUAAUUCUGCAGAGGCCUCAUCCUACGACAUCAAUAACAAAAUGGACUUUGACGAGACCUCAUCCAUCAACACGGCCAUAAGUGACGCCACCACUGGAGAUGAUGGCAACAACAAUGAGCUGGAGAGCCUCACGGCCAACGGAGGGGACAAGCUGACCUGCGACAGCAAGAGCAACCUUGCCCAGAGCCCAGACGGUGGCGACGACCACUUCCCCUUCAGCAUGAUGAGCCCCUCCCUCAGCUACUCCGGCAAGGACGGAGACUCCUGCUCCUACUCUUACUCCUACUACAGCUCCAGAGAUGACGACAUGGAUGACAACAACGACCAGAGCGAGACCUCCAGCCUGACCGACCCCAGCUCUCCCAGCCCCUUCGGAAGUGGAGACCCCUUCAGGUCUGGGAAGGGUAGCAGCAGUGGUGGGGAGAGACCAGGCCACAAGCGCUUCAGGACUCAGAUGAACAACCUUCAGCUGAAAGUCCUCAAGGCCUGUUUCAGUGACUACCGCACCCCCACCAUGCAGGAGUGUGAGAUGUUGGGCAGUGAGAUCGGCCUCCCCAAGCGUGUGGUGCAGGUGUGGUUCCAGAACGCCCGCGCCAAGGAAAAGAAGUUCAAAAUCAAUAUUGGAAAGCCAUUCAUGAUCAGUCAAGGCGGGCCGGACGGGCCCCGACCGGAGUGUACUUUGUGUAAUGUGAAGUACACUGCCCGGAUGUCCAUCCGCGACCACAUCUUCUCCAAACAGCACAUCGCUAAAGUGCAGGAGACCCUGGUCAACCAGGUGGACAGAGAGAAGGACUACCUAGCGCCCACCACGGUCCGCCAGCUGAUGGCUCAGCAGGAGAUGGAUCGUCUGAAGAAGGCUGGGAGCGACGGGCUCAGCAAUCUUGCUGCCCAGCAGCUUCAGACUGCAGUGAACCACAACAAUGCACUUCAUGGCCUCAGCCUGCCCUCAGGCUAUCCCGGGAUCUCUAGCCUCCCGCCGGUACUACUUCCUGGGGUCACCGGGCCAUCCUCACUUCCUAUUUACCCACCCAACACACCUGCUUUAGCAUCUCCUGGUGCUGGCAUGCUUGGAUUCCCGACCCCAGCCACCCCCUCUCCUGCCAUGUCUCUGAGCACUACCCCAAACAAGAAUCUUCUGCAGACUCCACCUCCUCCACCUCUUCCUCCUGUUUCCUCUACCCCUCUGACUUCAACCAACCACAUUGAGCAGCACAGCAAAUACCAAGAAAGAGAGAGCAACAACAACAGCAGCAGCAAGAAACCAGCGGAGAAGCCGCCCCACCAGAAGAAGGCCAAGGAAAGAGAAGCGGAGAACGGCGGCCGUCCACAGACCCCCAACGUCAGCAACAACAAAAAGAGGGAGAAGCCGUCUCCAGCCUCGGCCAAACCGGGACGUGAGGGUCAUCUGGAUGCCGCUCAACUACAGGCUCUUCAGAAUUCCCUGACCGGCGCCACAGACCCAAGCUCCUUCCUGGGAGGUCAGUUCCUGCCUUACUUCCUCCCGGGCUUCGCCAACAGCUUUUCGCCACAGCUUCUUGGAGGGAUGCAGGCGGGGGGAUACUUCCCUCCGUUCGGCGGGAUGGAGAACCUGUUCCCCUAUGGACCUGCCGCCAUCCCACAGGCCGCCAUGGCAGGCAUGAAUCCCACCGCCCUCCUGCAGCAGUAUCAGCAGUACCAGCAGUCCCUCCAGGAUUCCCUGCAGAAGCAGCAACAGCAGCAGCAACACCAAAAGCAUAUUGAGCAACAAAAACAGCAUCAUAAACAGCCGAAGCAGAAGCCAGCUCCUGUGAAGGCGUCGUCACCAAUUGUGCAGAGCAACCCCAAGUCUUUCAAACCAAAACUAUCUAUGGGAACUAAGGAUGACACCAACAACAACAAAUGCUCUUUGACGGAAAGCACAAAAGAACCGCAAACAGAAACCAAAAGAACCACAGACUUCCCUGACGCUUUCAUCAUUCCAUCUGUCAAGCACCAGUUCAUAUGCAGGAAGUGCCAGAUGGUAUUCGCUGAUGAGGACUCCGCAGUGCAUCACCAGAAGUCUUUCUGCUACUUCGGAAACCCCUUUCCAGACCCGCAGGAGACAGUUCUUAGACAGGCAGUGAGUAAGUACAGGUGCAUCGCCUGCAACGUGGUGGUCAACGGGAAUGAAGCACUUGGCCAACACCUCCAGUUGAGCUUGCACAAAGAGAAAACAAUCAAACAAGCAAUGAGAAAUGCCAAAGAGCAUGCUAGAUUAUUACCUCACUCUGUCUGCACCCCUACUCCUGGCAAGACCACAUCUACCUCGCAGUCUGCAGCUCCUCCUUCUAAUAACACCUUUCCCCAUCUCUCUCGCUUGGCCAUCAAGUCCUGGCCAGAUAUCUUUUUCCAGGCCACUGCCCAGGAAGCUGCUUCCUCCUCCUCCUCCUCCCUGUCUGCGUCUCCUAUUCCUCCCCUUUCAUUGCCUCUAAUGGUUACCUCAACGUCAUGCAGCAGCGUCUCAGGGGUUCCCACCUCCCUACCCAAUGAGAGUUGUUCAGAUGAGUCUGACAACGAGCUGAGCCAGAAGCUGGAUGACUUAGAUAAGGUGUUGGAGGCCAAGGCUAAGUCGACCUCCGGCCUAGAUGCAGGCUUCAGCAGUAUCAGAAUGGAUAUGUUCAGUGUGUAGGAGGUGAAAAAUAGGAUCCCUUGCUUUAAAAAAAUAAAAAAUAAAAAAAUAAGACUUUUAAACUGCAGUUCCAAAGUUUCUCUAACCCAAAAAAUUACAGUACCAAAUGAUUGACUCAGGAUUGUUUUUCCCAUAUUGAUAUGCUGGCAAGAUAUUGAUAGAUUUUUGUUAUGGACAGAACUGUUGCAGAUGCUUGACUGAGCUUCUAUUGUAUACAAACCCCACGAAGUAGAAAAAGAUCUCUCAGGCUCCUCGUGGAGCUUGUUUCAAGCCAAAAACUCACGAUAGCAAAUUGCACCUCAGCUGGAUUGUUUUCCAAAUGCUAGCAUGUACUGUAUGGGACAACGAUCCAGAAAAACCCUCAAUGAGAACCUCUGUUAGUCUAGAUAGCCGGUGUAAUUCAGUAGCUUUAAAUUCUCAGGUCAGAACAUAACAUUUCUCAUUUGUUAAAGCAGCAACGAGCCUGGGUACACUUGGCUUUUAACCAAAACAUGUCAAGCUUUAUCGGACGCAUUUCCCUUGAUGUGUGUAGAGUACCAAGAGAGACAAUAUUACUGUUACAAUGGACAACGUGCAUAUCCUUUUAGUUUUCGCCCUACAAAGACAGUAUGGUUUUGCCACUGAGGGGAUUUUAGAAUGGUGAAGUACAUGUGUAUGAUUCCCCUUUGUUUUGCAGUUUGUAUGACAACAAACUGAGUCUAUAUCCGACCCUUUUUUUUCUUGUAGAAUAUACUAAUCUGUGCCAACUCUUACCUUCUCUCUUUUACCUCUGCUCACACCCUUUUCUGAAGAGGUAAUAUCUCUAGUUUUAUACACUCUUGAUGAUUAAUUAUGUGAAUAAGACUUUUUUUCAUUUGUGAAUUGCUGUACGGUACCUUGCUUAUUUCUGGACUAUAGUGCACUUAUUUUGUUUUUGUCUGUUUUUAAUUAUUAUUAUUUUGGUAGACCCAUGUGUUAAUUUAAUAGAUGAUUUUGUGUUUGUAUGUUUGUUUGUUUGAUUGAAUUAUUAUUUUGCGUACAAUUGCAGCAGCAUUUUGGUUUGUUAGAGGAUUGACACCUAACGACCCAGUGACCUAUUUAACAAUUGGUGCAUCCAUGAAAGUAGUACUGUAUACUUAAAACUGUUAAAGUACAAGUCGGUCAAAAUGAUUUUUUUUUUAAAGAAAAGGUAUGAUAUUUGCAUAAGCAAAUAUGCUGCUUUACAAAGGGGGACUACAGCAUGUAUUUUAUAUUUUGACAUGUUUUCCCCUGUUCUUGUAGGACUGAUAACAGUGUUACACCUAUACACUGCCAUUUACUGCAUAGGUCUUCGUCCUCGCAUUCAUUUUCUGGGCACUUCAGUUGAUCUAUCAUGAAAAGUCAACACUAAUUAUUUAGUCAUUUAUGCAUUACAAAGUAUUACCAUAUAACAUGUUGCUGCUACUGUGUAAUGUUUAAAAAAAAAUAAUUGCUACCCAUAAAUUCUCCAACAGGCUGAAUGCUGACCCGUGGAUCACUUUGCUUUGCUGUUUUUACAUUUCAUUCUUUUUUGUUGUUGUAUUUGUCUCCUUUUAUUUUGCAGUAGAACUUAAAGAAUGUGAAAGCUGUUAAAGGGUGUUACAUUGUUAUGAAUCACUUGUUCAGUUUGGUAAGGUAAGCUGACGUGAUUCAUUCCAGAGUAACAGAAGGCUAUUUGUAUGAAAGGAAAAGGCUUGUGAACAAAGAGAGCUAAGCUGUUGUAUAUAUUCGUAGUUGGCUGUGCAUGGUACAAAUUUAUUAAUAUGAAGAAAUGCAAAAAUGUAUUGCUUUUGGUAUUUCCUAUUCUGAGAUGAACAAGUAGCAUGUAAUGCAACUGUUUGACAGGUUAAAAUCAAAUCAUGCUUAGUUAUUGUUUCAAACGAUAAAAGUAACAUUUCCUCAUACGUUUUAUUAUUGUACAGGUGUUUUAGUGUUUUCAUUCAAAGUUGAAACACAAAAUGUCACAGUUUCUAAUGAUCUUUUUUUGUGUGAAACAUAAAUGUAUCUUAUUUGGAUUUUUAGUAUUUUAACAUUUACUUUGAUCCUGAAGACACUUUUACAAUGUUGUUUUAAUAAGAGAUGUCCUGGGCUCCCUAUAGGUGCAAUCCUGCCAUUGUACAAACACCAACGUCUGUCCUGAUCCCAAAAGCUUUCCCAACCUGUCUUCUUGCCUUUCCCCUCAAUGUGGCUAAAGCAUUGCCAGACUGAACUGUCAGCUAGCAUCAUGUGCUAAGAUGUUAGCAGCAAACACAAUGCUUUCCACACUAAAGGACAGGUAGAAGCUAACAAACCAACAACCAAAAGGAUGGUCCAAUAACGUAACGAACUGUACAUAAAUGUUACAACUGCACAGCAGCCAAAAGAAAGAAAGAAAGAAUAAAAAAAAAACAUGUUUUUUUUUAGGAUGGAUUGUGUCACGCUAAAGAGAGGACAGCCUUCAAAAGGUAGAUAUUGGGAUUGUUUUCUUCUGGAUGUCAAAAGGGAGUUUCACGGCGCAAUCAUAUCCUACACAAUAUGUAUUCUACGUCCUGGUUACAUAGGAAAUGCAUCCUGAGGGUUUACUAAGAAGAAGCCCCUAUGGCUAAAACUUUAAAUAAACUAAACCAAAAAUGUUAUUGAUGUUUUAUAUAUAGAGAGUAGUCUCAUUAGUUUUUGUUACUGUAAUGUUUGAGGUCUCAACUCUACCGUCACACGGUAAUAACAUGGUUUUGAAACAUUUGUUUUCAUUUUUUUUUGUCACAGACCUGUUGUCAUAGUUGAAAUGACGUUUAUUGUAGAUGGUAUUUGAACAACUUCUGGAAAUAGUUCAUCAGUAUGUUUGUUGCUCAUUGUUGUGAUACAUUAAAAACUGUAUCUGCAAACCA